AAUGAUAUUGGUUACGAGGGGCAGACCCGAACAUCUGAGUCAAACUCGGGUCCUGGCCCAAGCCUGAGCCUGAGGGUGGAAGAAGAAGUGAAGUUGCAAAAUAGACUUUUGAAGCGGGGAAUAAUAAUGACGCGGCAAAAGUGUUGGAGGAGACAAAGUCAGUCCACUUCAUUCCCAGUGUAACAAUUUCAUUGAUUGAUCAUCAUUUCAAUAAAAUUCAUAAUUAAUCACCAAUUAAACAAAAAAGAUAGAAAAUAUCACUACCAAUUUUCACUUUCCCUUUCCCAAAACAGAAAAGACAUUGAUUCUUUCUUCUUCUUCUUGUUAUUUGCUAUUGUUGGUUGGUCGUUUUUUCUUUAAUCUAAAUGAUGAAUGGUAGCCGACCAACGGUGCAUCCGGUGGAGGCACCACCCUUAACUGACGCGCUACAGAACGGGCCAAGAAUGAGGAUGAAAGAAGUUCAAGGUAUGCCUGGGACUCAUGGUGGCCUCACUCUUCGUAUUGGUCAAUUGGUUUUUGGUAUUGCUUCUGUCAGUGUGAUGGCCAGCACCAGUGAUUUUCGCUCAGUUACAGCGUUUUGUUAUCUAGUGAUUGCUGUUAGCUUACAAAUACUUUGGAGCUUGUCUUUGGCUAUUCUGGAUGUGUAUGCUCUUCUAGUGAGAAGGAGCCUUCGGAAACGCAUACUUAUUCGCCUUUUUGCCAUUGGUGACGGGAUUACAUCCACCCUUACAUUCGCUGCUGCCUGUGCAUCUGCUGGGAUCACGGUCCUUGUUGGAAAUGAUCUAAAUAGAUGUUCUGUUAACCACUGCACUAAGUUUGAAACUGCUACAGCCAUGGCUUUUAUCAGCUGGUUUGCUAUGACACCAUCCUUUCUCAUGAAUUUCUGGUCAUUAGCUACCCAAUAACAAUUGUAUAGAUGAAAUCUAUAGUCACAGAGGAGUAUGUGUUUUUGCACUCUUUCUCUGUGAUGCUCCAUGGUGAUCUGAUUGCAACUACAUUGUAGAUGGAUAAAUCUUAUUACAGUUUGUUUAGGGAAUUUUAAUUUCUAGAUCAUUAAUUGAAGUUUAAUACUUUUUUUUCUCCAAGAAAUAUAUUGAUUUUGGUUACUUAGAAAUUAUAAUGAGUUUUUUGUCCAUUUUCAGUCGCACAAUAUUUUUGUGCUUAUUCACUUGAUAGCUCAACUUGAUUAUUGCGGUUUUGCUCUCAAAUGAUUUUGCAUAAAUGAAAAGCUUGCACCAGACAUAUCAUGUCACAUUGUUUGAGUGGAAGAGUUUUGGAUAGUAGACUUCUUAGCAUUUAAAUUCAUUUCUUAGAGACAAAAUGCCAUAAGCUUGUAGCAUUUCAAUGAGCAGAAACCCAAAUGCUUUUUGUGUGUGAGCUUGUCAAUCCGCAGUGGAUUUGCAACUCAUGCUGUCUAAACGCAGUAUCCAUGCAAAUCAAUUCAAUUAAAGUAGGAAUUUUAGUGUUAGUGGGAAGGUUUGCACAAUAUACUCUGUGAUAGAGUGUGAUGCAGUCCCAUUAUUGGUUAAAGUUUUACGAUUCCUAACACUGAAAUGCAUGUAAUUAUUUUUCUAGAGUUUUCAUAAUGUCGAAUGAACAUGUUUUAACAGUUGUCCAAAAUAAGUAAUGAUCAGUUUAAUGCUCAUGUUUGACAAUAUGAUUGUUUUGAGCCUUGGUGACAGAUAACGAUCAAAAGUCGGUAUUUAUUUCUUUUGAUUUGAUUGUAUGCUUGAAGUAUCAGAGUGGCAUGGAUCUACGUAUGAACAUGAUGUACUCCCAUAGUUAGUGACCUUUUAAUACAAGUUAUAUGGCAGAAAAAUAAUAAUCCCUCGAAUCUUCACCAUUGUUUGGCAUUUAAUUUGUCUUAACUUCAGUCUCAGUUUAACUAGAAUUUGCCUAUAUUUGUCCUUUUUGUUUUUUUCGGUUUAGGAGAGUGCAAGGCAUGAAGCAGUCGUUGUUUUUGGUGCUAAUUAAACAGUUGUCGGAGAACUAAUUCAUGAUGAACUUUCUAGACCUUUAUCCAGAAAGUUGUUUCAUCGCAUACGUUUUCAAUGUAUACUUUGCAUACAUGGGAAGCAGUUCUUUCUUUCUCUUUUUUGUUAAUUCCUUUCUUGUAUAUAGGCGUAGGUAGUAUUUACGACUGUUAAUGAAGCUUUAUGCACUUAAUAGGUAAUAAUUUUAUUUAUCUUCUUAUUUGUUCUCUUACCUUAGUUUAUGAUCACAAGGAUUGUGUUGUGCAUGCGUAAGAGAGAAGAGAUCGAAGAUAAAGAUAACGGUCUUUCUCUUCUUAUUAAUGUAAUUGUGAAUAAGGCAGUUGGUAACGGCCAAUUUAAGAUUUCUUAAAGCCAAGUCAUCUUUUAUGUUGAACACGUAUCCGACUAUUUCUAUAUAUUAUGCUAUCAUGCAACCUCGCUCUUAUAUGUGUGAGUGGUAUGUGAGAGAAACAGAGAGAGAGAGAGAGAGAGAUUCUCAUAAUGUCAAAAGAAGGAGAAGCAGAAGACAAUGAUGAAAGGAAGCUGUAUCAAUGUGCAAGGAAGUACGAAAAAAUUGUAAAACAGUUCAAUAAGCUGAUUGAGAUGAUGAACCAGAGAACUCGACCACCAAAGCGACGGAAACUAUCUUCUAGAUGUAAAGAGAGCAGCAGCGAUGCUACUGCCCCGGCAUCCUCCAGUCAACCUGACAGCAAUGAAGUAUUGGUGCAGAGUAUAACAAAAUUUCUUCAGGACUUGCGAGCCAAAACAGAUGCUGAUUGCCCAACGAACACCAGGGAUCCAUAACAUAUCUAUUACUAGUUGCUAUUCGACAAGCUAGGAAAGAAUAUGUUACUAAGUGACCACCAACAUCGUACUAUUUUAAUUGAUCGCCAAAAGGGCAGAGAAACGACAUUAUGUCUGGAAUAAAGUUAUUUAUACAGAGCUUGUCACUGUAAGAAUGCGUGGAUGUUCCCGAGACUAUUUCCAAUCUACAUUAUUUUCUUGUCAA